AUGCAGGUCCGCAUGCUGCUGUGCCUCGCGCUGGCUGCGCUGCACGUUGAAGGCCUUCCGCUCCUCUCUCAACGCGACCAGCUCGCCACCACGGACAGCAUUCAUCUUCCUGGCGCCGCUGCUGCCCGCGCGUACCAGGCCGAGGUGUCGGCUGCCGAUGCCAAAGAGGUCCUUGGCGUCUAA